AUGUCUCUCCAGAGCUGGGAACACCAAGCCCAGAAGGGCAGAGAUAUUCUCGACAGCUCCAUUCCGAAACAAUGGCUUCUUUCGGCGGACAAAUUGCCGCUGCCCACGCAGAAGAACGUUAUCGCAUUCCCUCAACAAAGCGGCCUGCUCAGUGAACGCGAGCUUACUAUAACGGAGAUGUCUGCCACCAAGCUGGUGGAAGAGAUGAGGAAGGGUACGUUGAAGGCGGAGGAGGUGGUUGUGGCGUUUCUGAAGAGAUCGGUUUUGGGGCAUCAGUUGCUGAAUUUCGCAACGGAGUUCCUCGCAGACGAGGCAAUCGCUCGUGCUAAAGAGCUUGAUGAAUAUUAUCAGCAGACAGGGAAGCUGGUAGGACCUUUGCACGGCGUACCGAUUAGUGUGAAAGAGCACAUUGGGCUCAAGAACAAGACUUGCAAUACAGGUUUUGUCGCUUGGGUCGACAAGGUUACUCCGGAAGAUGCACACUUGAUUCAAUUGCUAUCCAAGGCCGGUGCAAUCUUUCAUGUCCGUACAAACCAGCCACAAUCCCUCAUGCACCUCUGCUGCAGCAACAAUAUUACCGGCACAACCGUCAACCCACAUAACCGUACGCUGACACCAGGCGGCUCCUCCGGCGGAGAAGGCGCCUCAAUGGGAUUCAAAUGCGCCCCUCUAGGCAUUGGCACUGAUAUCGGUGGAUCAAUCCGCUGCCCAGCCGCCUUCUGUGGAGCCUACGGUUUCCGUCCUUCCACAAUGCGCAUGCCGAUGGCAGGAAUCCAAGUCGCUGCACUAGGUCAAGAGACUAUCCACGGCGUCGUGGGUCCCAUGGCAAGCUCCUCUCUUGAAGAUUGUGAGCUGUUCUCAAAAGCUGUUCUGGACCAAGAGCCGUGGAAUGUCGAGAGGACAUUGGUCCCUCUCCCGUGGAAGACUGUCACCCCGACACGCGAUGUGACUAUCGCCAUUAUGUGGGAUGAUGGCAUCGUCCAUCCGCACCCCCCAAUCACCCGUGCCCUCCGACUCGCACGCGACAAGCUCACUGCAGCCGGUAUCAAAGUCGUAGACUGGGAACCGUACAAGCACGCGGAAGGCUGGGAUAUUAUCUCAACACUCUACUACCCCGAUGCCGGCUCCCGGCAACGAGAAAUGCUCCGCGCCUCAGGCGAACCUGCCCGCCCAUUAACAGAAUGGGUCCUCUCCUACGCCCGCCCAACGUCCCUAACCCACCCCCAAGCCUGGGAAUACCAACACAAGCGCGACGUCUUCAUAGACGAGUACCAUGCCGUCAUGAAGUCGCGCGGCGUGGACUUUAUCAUUUCUCCACCCUACCCGGGCGUCGCGGCUGUGAUGGGUGAGUCGCAGUAUUGGAAUUACACUGCCAUUUGGAACCUGGUUGAUUUGCCUUCUGCCGUGUUCCCGUCUGGGUUGACUGUUGAUAAGGAGUUGGAUGUGUUGGGAGAUGAGAAGGAAUAUGUUCCUAGGAGUGAGGUUGAUGAGAGGGAGUGGAGGAAGUAUACGGGACCGGAGAGGUUUGAGAGGGCGCCCAUUGGGUUACAGAUUUCCGGCGGGAGGUUCAUGGAUGAGGAGGUUCUUGCUGUUGCGAGGGUUGUUGAGGGGAUUGUUAGGGAUGAGAGGAAGGUUCAUAAGCUUUGA